ACCCCAUCCCCCGGCGCUUCCCCGGCGGCUUGGGAGUCGGAGCGGGCGGCGCGGCCGGCAUGGAGGACGUUAACUCCAAUGUGAACGCGGACCAGGAGGUGCGGAAGCUGCAGGAGCUGGUGAAGAAGCUGGAGAAGCAGAACGAGCAGCUGAGGAGCCGCUCAGGAGCCGUGCAGGGCGCAGGCCUCCUCGGGCCCGGCAGCCCGGCUCGGGCCGGCGUGUCCACCCCUUGCUCGGGCGCGGCGUCCCCUCGGGGCUUCCCGCUGGGCCUGGGAGCCAAGGUGGGCGGCGUGGCGGGCUCAGGCCCGCGGCGGACCAGCAGCGAGGACCUGCGGGACACCACCUCUUUGCUGGCGGCGGGCGAGGGCGGCUUGCUGGACGAGGUAGAGCCUCUGCGGCCCGACGAGCUGGAGCGACUGUCAGGCUGGGAGGAAGAGGAGGAGAGCUGGCUAUACACAUCACCAAAGAAAAAACUCACACCAAUGCAGAAAUCUGUUAGUCCGUUAGUUUGGUGCAGGCAAGUUUUGGAUUACCCAAGUCCUGAUGUGGAAUGUGCUAAAAAGUCUCUUAUUCACAAACUUGAUCAAACUAUGUCAGCUCUCAAGAGGCAAAAUUUAUACAAUAAUCCUUUCAACUCUAUGAGUUAUACAAGUCCUUAUAGCCCAAAUGCCAGUAGCCCUUACAGCAGCGGUUUCAAUUCUCCGUCCUCAACACCAGUGCGACCUCCUAUAGUCAAGCAGCUUAUACUUCCUGGAAAUUCAGGUAACUUCAAAAGUUCAUCAGAUAGAAAUCCUCCACUCAGCCCUCAAUCCUCUAUAGAUAGUGAGUUAAGUGCUUCAGAAUUAGAUGAAGAUUCAAUUGGAUCCAACUAUAAGCUAAAUGAUGUAACUGAUGUGCAGAUUCUAGCCCGGAUGCAGGAAGAAAGUCUCCGGCAGCAAUAUGCAGCCACCACCUCUCGAUGCAGUUCUGGUUCAUCUUGCACUUCUACAAGGCGGGGCACUUUUAGUGAUCAAGAACUGGAUGCACAGAGCUUGGAUGAUGGAGAUGAUAGUAUGCACCAUGCAGUAUACCCCGCUGUUAACAGGUUUUCUCCAUCACCACGCAAUUCACCCCCACCAUCUCCCAAGCAGUCACCUCGAAAUUCACCUCGUUCGCGAUCUCCUGCCCGGGGAAUAGAAUACAGUAGAGUGUCCCCACAACCCAUGAUUAGCCGUUUACAGCAACCUCGCCUUUCCCUCCAAGGCCAUCCCACAGAUUUACAGACAAGCAAUGGUAAAAAUGAAGAAAAACUAGACGCAGUCUUGGCCAAACCUCGAACAUCAAACACGCCAGUUGACUCUGUGAAAAGUAGUAGAAGCCACUCCAAUUUUCAUGCCAAUGGAGGAGUCCCUCGGAUGCAGCCUCAGGCUUCAGCCA